AUGGAUAACAAACUUGCCGCUAACUUGGAGGUCAUGCAGUCCUUUUUGACAUCAAGAAUGGCUGCCUAUGAAGACAAACUGGAGAAGGUUUCGGCAGCAAUGCCUGGUUCAGCUGAUUUGGAGUCGUUGCACUUGGAUUAUAUGGAGUUCAAGAAAUUUGUGCUGCAGGCAGUGGCGAACUUCAAGUCACAGCUUGAGUUGCUGAUGCUGGGUCACGACAAACAUGAGACUGCGAUGCGACGUAAGGUGUUGUUAGUCCAUGGCGUCCCUGAGCACAAGAAUGAGCAGCUGCGUGAGGUUGUUGUGGACGUGUUGUGCAACCGGAUGGGCUUGACUGAGCUGCAUAAGGGGAAUAUCCAUGUUUGUCAUAGACUGGGUUCCUCUAGCCGCAGUCCUAGACCGAUUCUUGUGCGCUUCUACACGACCGAACACCGUCAUCUCGUCUGGGAUAAUAAGAAGUCGCUGAAGGGCACUGGCAUCACAAUCUCCGAGUUUUUAACGCAACUGAGACACCGGUCCUUUAUUGCAGCCCGCAAACAUUUCGGCCAGACAAAUUGCUGGACUGUGGAGGGCAGGAUUGUUAUCAUCGCGCCGGAUAAGUCCCGCCAUAAGAUUGAGUCCAUGGCGCAACUGCAGGAGCUUGUUGUCAGAUUUCCACCUGUUUCCUCUGGACCCGACAUUCCCGUGGCAGUUGGUCCCGGCUCGCCUUCCUGCACGACUACUGAUUUGGAGACCAAAAUCCCAAGGAAGGCGCGUCGACGUAACAACAACUAA